UUCACAGUUCCACCAAACACCUCUUCUCGUCCACAUCUUCCUCUCCCCUUUUGGUGGCAAACAAACACACAAACGGCUGUGAGUGAGAAACGAUGGCGUCCAACUCGUUAAUGAGCUGCGGCAUCGCCGCCGUCUACCCUUCGCUUCUCUCUUCUUCCAAGUCUAAAUUCGUCUCCGCCGGAGUCCCGCUCCCAAACGCCGGGAACGUUGGCCGUAUCAGAAUGGCUGCUCACUGGAUGCCCGGCGAGCCAAGACCAGCUUACCUUGACGGUUCUGCUCCUGGUGACUUUGGGUUUGACCCACUUGGACUAGGAGAGGUUCCAGAGAACCUUGAGAGAUACAAAGAAUCAGAGCUCAUCCACUGUAGAUGGGCUAUGCUCGCUGUUCCUGGGAUUUUGGUACCAGAAGCAUUGGGCUAUGGAAACUGGGUUAAGGCUCAGGAAUGGGCAGCACUACCAGGGGGUCAAGCCACUUACUUGGGAAACCCGGUCCCGUGGGGUACUUUGCCCACAAUCUUGGCCAUUGAGUUCUUAGCUAUUGCAUUUGUCGAGCACCAGAGAAGUAUGGAGAAAGACCCUGAGAAGAAGAAGUACCCGGGAGGCGCAUUUGAUCCUCUUGGAUACUCUAAAGACCCCAAGAAGUUGGAGGAAUUGAAGGUCAAAGAGAUCAAGAACGGACGUCUAGCGUUGUUGGCGUUUGUGGGAUUCUGUGUGCAACAAUCGGCUUACCCGGGGACAGGACCAUUGGAGAACCUGGCAACUCACUUGGCGGAUCCAUGGCACAACAACAUUGGCGAUAUUGUCAUCCCUUUCAAAUAAUUGAAUGUAAAAAUAGUUGAAAUAUGUACCUUAUGAGCUUUAAUGUGUAUCAAAAAACACUGUGUAAUGAAAGACAGAUUGUGAAAACCUGUAUUUUGUCUUUGGUGAUCGAUUGCUGCUCCUGCUCAGCUUGAAUUCUAAAUGAUGAAAACUUUUGAACCCCAA